GUAGCCUUGUUUUCAAGGAUGUGCUGUCACGAGACGGGUUUUUACAUAACAUCUUCCCUCAUCCGGUAAAGCUGAAACCAAAAAGGCUUCUUCAAAGAUGUGCUGUACCAGUGAGACGGUGAUUCUAUCAACAGAGACGAAUCUAAGGCUGCUGUUUGCCAAUUGUUCGAUGUGUAGCGAAGAAACACUUGUUUCACUUUUGGUGGGUCAGUUGAUGAAAAUAUACAAUGUUGCUCGAAGCGCGUCCAUUUAUAGGUUGGCUUUUGGAGGUACAUCAUUUUUACCCUCUCAGUUACUUAACCGAGCAAAUCAGUCGCUGCUUAAGGGCUGUGGUUUACAACCUCAGGGUAGAAGAACCACAGAAAGUCUUGGUACUGAUCUUGAUUCAAAACCUUGUUGCCUCGAAGUCACCGCUGAAAAACUUUUGUCCUUUGGAAAAACGCGAUUACAGCAAAUAUUUGGCGAAGACUCUUCAACAAGCCUAAAUGAAUGUGAGCUUUUAAGAAUUUGCAAAUCAGCCUUGGGUUUAUCCCUAGGAAACUGUCUCCCGAACACAGGUGCUGGAUGUACUUCAAUUGGCGUAUGUCAAAAUGGAGACAGCCUUUCUCGUGCAUUGUGGCAUGUUGCGGAGGAAAAAUGGAAGGACGCCACAGACAUGCUUUCCGAUUAUACACCAGAUAAGAUGCUUCAUUCUGCGGUAGAGCUGGCACAUGACAGAAUGAAUGAAUUGAUCUAUAACAACUGUUUGGUUUCUCAGUUGUCUGAAGCUGGAGAUUUUCUGAUGUCAACAACACAGUGCAUUAAAACUGAAGCUGAAGUUCUUUCCCAGCUGUUGUAUGAAACACAAGAGCAUGCCCUUGCUGGCAUGGCAGAGUUUUGGAACAUGAUGAAUGAGUACAGCCAUCUUGCUUGUGAUGGAAUAGAGCUGUUCUCGCAGUACAUUUGGAACACAACACCCGAGUUUUAUGAACCAGCUUUGUUGGAUGUAAAUUUGUUCAACAUGGAUGAUGAAGAUCUUCUCGUUGUGGCCGAGGAACCAAUGCCAAGGCGUAGAAGAUCAAUGUUGUAUAUUGGUUCAAGAUGAAUAAUUUGCAUGACAUCCAGAAGUGAAUUGUGCAACAGGAUGGAUAUGAAACAAAAAGUCUGUCUCAUAAUCUGGUAACAACCACUGGUACCAGUAGUGUGCCAACUCUUAGAUCACUGUAUACUUGAUGAGCCCUGUAGCAAUUGGAUUAGAUCUUUAGCAUUGCUAGAACACGAGCCCUUGUUUGCAAGCAGACAGCAGUUAAGGGUCUUAUUGGUAGUGCUAGACCCUCACUAACCAGCUUUUCAUGAAAUCCUCGUAAUUGAAAAAAAUUGUAUUUGAAUUAAUAUUAUAUAUAUACCUAUGUAUAUAGAAAAGCCUAUUGCCAAAAUGGCUGUUUGUUGCACUUUACGCUUUUGUUCUAAAGAAGCACGACUUGUGUAUUUGAAUUUUGCACAGCAGAAAUCUGAGAUACACUAUGUGUAUACUUGUUUCUGAUGUUUGGUACAGUGUAGUUUCUGUUAGAUGCCUACCUGUAUUGCUGUAAGGUCUGGUAAAUUUUAGUUACUGUUAGUAGUGCAAUAGAUAAUCAUAUUAUUGUAGAUACUGCAAGCAAACAUGCUGUAAGUAGUGUAAGAUAUGGUGUGAACUGAACUGAAUAUUAGGCACAGUUGACAAAUCUUGAUUCAAAUUGGAUUCAAAAAUUGUAAUUUGGGUAACGAAAAAUGAUUAAGUAUUUCCAAGGGAGUUUCACUUUAGGUCUGGAUUUUAAGGGGUGUCUUUGCCUGAAAUCUUUGUAGGGUAUCUUUAACUUUUAAUAUGAAAAGUGUGAUUGUUUUAAUGCAGUUAAUUUGAGUUUUCCCUAAGCAUUUUGUGAGAGUUAUCAUAUAAUAUAACUAGCCUAAAAUAAUGAUUGUUUAUUGUAAGGAAAGUUUGAUGCAAGCACCGUAAUGAAUAAUUCACAUGACAUCCAGAAGUGAAUUGUGCAACAGGAUGGAUAUGAAACAAAAAGUCUGUCUCAUGAUCUGGUAACAACCACUGGUACCAGUAGUGUGCCAACUCUUAGAUCACUGUAUACUUGAUUAGUCCUGUAGCAAUUGGAUUAGUCCUGUAGCAAUUGGAUUAGAUCUCUAGCAUUGCUGGAACAUGAGCCCUUGUUUGCAAGCAGACAGCAGUUAGGAGUCUUAUUGGUAGUGCCAGACCCUCACUAAAGAAAGAAAUAGAGUGGGAGCAGGAUGCAUUGUUCUGAUUAACCCUUUAACUGCCAUGAGUGACCAAGACAGAAUUUCUCCUUACAUUGUCAAUACAAUAUCAUGCAGCCAAGUAGUGAGAAUAAAGAAAAAUGUCAAGUAGGGGAUGAUUGGUUGAUCAAUUGCUAAAUUCUCCAAACUUACAUCAUAAGAACUAUCUGACAGACAGUAAGGACAAUUUCCUCUCAGAUCUUGGCAGCAAAUGGGUUAAAGUAAUAAACUGAAAGAAUGUGUU